GCCCGACCCAACCCUCCUGUCGCUCCUCCGCUUCCCUCCUCUCUCCCCCCCCUCCGCCGGGCGGGGUGCUGGCGGGGCCCCCGCCUCCUCGGGCCCCACAGCCCGCGAGGGGGCCCGCCCCCGGAGGGCCACGGCGCGCCGCUCGAGGCAGUCGUGCCGAGGUCCGCCGCCGCCGCCGCGGCUCGGGCCAGCGGGGAAGGAACGCCAGGGAGCUGUCCAGUCCUCGGCACGCAGUGCAGGAGUGCUGGGGCUGCUGCGGGCGAGCCGCUCGCUCUUGGCAGCAGGUCCGAGGGCCAGGGCUUCGAGGUGCGUUGGGACGGCCGGCUCCUCGCGGACGCGGGGAUCUUGGACUGCGAGGGGACGGGGCAGCAGCAUCUGGAGGAGCACGCGCCAAUAGCUAAUGCAGAUGAAGAUUGA